UUUUGAACUUAUAUAAUUAUUAGUAAAUUAAAAGGAAUGGAACCUUCACAAUUCUAUCAGUCGGUACAUCAGCAUUCGUUAUGGAAGAGCUCUUCUCCUCCAUCACUAUCAUUUUGCAGAGAUAAAUCCUCUGAUGCUUGAAGUACUCAAUCAUUCAUGCUUCAAAAUAAACAAAAGGGAGGCAGAGAUCAUGCAAGAUCUAUUUUCCCUAGUCCUCCAUCAAGAAAAAUAGGAAAAUUUAAGUUUAAUGUGAAGAAUCUGAUCCAAGAGAGCAGGAUGAAGCAAUACACAAAGAUGAUUAAAUAAGAAAAUAGAAGAUCUUUCUUCAAAGCCUAAGAGCAUCUUAUAUACUCCUCAUAAUAAAUUUAAGCACAUAUCCGAGCAAAGAAAGCCUAUAUCCUUUAGGACUGAAGAAGAGAGUGAAGCUUUAAUCAAGAAAUCUUCCAAAAUUCCUAUAAACUUUGUACGUUUUGGGAACAAAAUGUGGAAAAUCAAUAGGCCCAAUCUCAAAAGCAAGUUAAUACAACAAAAGACUGAAGCGUUGAGUCCUGAACCUCGCCCUUCAACAUUUUUCAGUCUAAAAGAUAAGACGAGGAAAGCAAUAAGCCCGAAAGUGUCGAAUUUUGCACCAAAAUAUAGCUUCUCAGUUGAUUCAUCUGCUUGUGAAACAGAAUCUUCCAUCUGUUCAGACAUUGAAAUUCAAGAAGAACUUCUCAAGAAACGAUCAAACAUGGCUAAAAAGAGAUGAGCAAAGAAAUCUCUCUUCUGUAAUUCCCCACCUAUUCCUAAAGAAUUCAGAAAUGAUAUUAUCAACAAAGUUAUUUAAGAAUAUUCUAGUGAAGAAGUCUAAACUUAGUGUACCAGAAAAAGAGGCAAAGAUGCCAAUUAAUGUUCAAAAAGAGCUUAGCCUUGGUUAUAUUCACAAACAAAAGCUAAAAAGGACUACCAUAAAUAAUCUAACUAGUUUGAGCCUUAUUGGAAGGAAUAUUGGAAAAAGUCAAGAUCCUUCAGCUGUUGAGGUUAUCCCUCUAUCUCCCCAAUCAAAGUGAAGAAAAAGAAGGCCAAGAAAUACUCUCAAUGACCAGAUAGUUCACUUAUGGAAAAGUUCUUAACAAUAGAGCCAAUAUAUCUUCUCAUAAAGUCAUUGUUUCACCUAAUUCUUCAAAAAAGAAAAGUUCUCUAGUGUUUUUAAGCGGCUCCUCAAAAUAGCAGGAAUAUGAGGUUUAUUGAUCUGAUCUGGGGUGCAACUAAGUUCAGAUAUGUAGAGAUCAGGUUUAUGAUAGAGGCUUUAGUGAGAUAAAUGCGCUUUUGUAUUCAUGUGUCCUGUUUAAGUUGAGACCUUUCACGAAACAUCUGUUUAUCUUAAAUGCUUGUCAAUCAUGGGCAUAUUUAUAGUUAUCAAUAAAUUUUA